UAAGGAUUUAACAAACCUAAAAUUAACACAUUCCUUCCUAUCCACCAGAAAUUUGAUACUCUGGUGGGAGAAGGUGGAGGACAGAUGAGUGGAGGACAGAAGCAGAGGAUUGCUAUUGCUCGAGCACUGAUUCGAAACCCCAGGAUCCUGUUGCUUGAUAUGGCCACAUCUGCCUUGGACAAUGAGAGUGAGGCUAUUGUCCAGGAGGCACUGGAUAAGGUGCGGAUCGGCAGGACAACAAUUUCUAUAUCCCACCGUCUUUCUACAAUUAGAAAUGCAGAUGUCAUCAUUGGUUUUGAGCAUGGACAGGCUGUGGAGAAGGGGACACACAGUGAGCUAAUAGAAAGGCAAGGUGUCUACUUCACCCUGGUCACCCUGCAGAACCAAGGCCCACCAAACACAACUAAUGAUGUGAUCAAUGAUGCUGAUCUAAAAGCGAGGAGUUGUAGCCUUGGAAGUUCCAGAUCCAGUAAAAGUGGGAACUCUGUUCGACUGCGAUCUCAGAGCAAAUUGUCAAAACAUUUUGACCACUACGCAUCAUCUGGCAGCCUCAAGAAACCUUCGGACCAGGAGACAACACCAAAAAAUUGUAAGGAUGAUGCGGUCGAACAUGUGGAGCCUGCCCCAGUAGCACGUAUCCUCAAGUACAACCAACCAGAAUGGCCCUACAUGCUGCUGGGCUCGCUGGGAGCUGCUGUCAAUGGCUCUGUCAACCCCAUCUACGCUGUCCUGUUCAGCCAAAUUCUUGGGACGUUUGCCAUUCGUGACUUGAACAAGCAGAGGGAGCAGAUCAAUGGGAUAUGUGUUCUGUUUUGCAUUGUUGCUGUGGCCAGUUUCCUUUUCCAGUUUUUACAGGGAUAUGCUUUUGCUAAGUCUGGAGAGCUGCUGACCCGCCGUUUAAGGAAAGUGGGCUUCCAGGCUAUGUUGAGACAGGAGAUUGGCUGGUUUGAUGACCCCACAAACAGCCCUGGAGCUCUGACAGCCAGGCUGGCCACUGAUGCAUCCAUGGUGCAGGGUGCAACAGGAUCUCAAAUUGGCAUGAUCGUUAACUCAUUGACCAGUAUUGGAGCGUCUUUCUGCAUUGCUUUCUACUGCAGUUGGAAGUUAACUUUGGUAAUUAUGUGCUUCCUGCCACUCCUCGUGCUGUCUGGGCUGUACCAAGCCAAAAUGCUGACAGGUUUUGCAAAUGAAGAUAAAAAUGCCAUGGAAGCAGCAGUUCAGGUAUCCAGUGAGGCUCUUGCCAACAUCAGGACAGUUGCAGGUUUGGCCAAUGAGAGGUCAUUUGUGGACUCGUAUGAGCAAAAACUCGAGCUUCCAUAUAAAACUGCCAAGAAGAAAGCCAACAUCUAUGGAAUCUGUUUUGGUUUUUCCCAGUGCAUCGUGUUCAUGGCACUUGCUGCUUCAUUUAGAUAUGGAGGCUAUCUGGUUAGCUCGGAGGGGUUAAAAUACAUGUUGGUUUUCAGAGUGGUAUCAGCUAUAGUAACCAGCGGGACAGCACUGGGCAGAGCUUCUUCCUUCACUCCAGACUAUGCCAAAGCCAAAAUUGCUGCUGCUCAGUUUUUCAAACUAUUGGACCGAGUUCCUAAAAUCAGCUUGAGCCAAACAGAUGGAGAAAAAUGGGGUAACUUCAAAGGUGAAAUAGAGUUCCUCAGUUGCAACUUCACCUAUCCAACUCGGCCAGAUACCCAGGUGUUGAACGGCCUGGAUGUGUCUGUGAAGUCUGGUCAGACUUUGGCGUUUGUUGGUAGCAGUGGCUGUGGGAAAAGCACCAGUGUUCAACUGUUGGAAAGGUUCUAUGACCCUGAUCAAGGGCAAGUGUUGAUCGAUGGCCGCCCGUCUCAUACUGUCAACGUGCCCUUCCUAAGAUCUCAGAUUGGCAUAGUGUCUCAGGAGCCCGUGUUGUUUGACUGCAGCAUAGCGGACAAUAUCAAGUAUGGACAUAACACACACAGUGUCAGCUUGGAAGAGAUUGUUCAGUCUGCUAAGAAAGCCCACCUUCAUGACUUUGUGAUGAAGCUUCCAGAUAAAUAUCAGACUCGGGUUGGUGCCCAGGGCUCCCAGCUUUCAAGAGGACAAAAGCAACGCAUCGCCAUUGCCCGGGCCAUCAUCAGAAACCCUAAGAUCCUGCUGCUAGAUGAAGCUACCUCUGCCCUGGACACAGAGAGUGAAAAGACUGUCCAGUUGGCUCUGGACGAGGCGAGAAAAGGACGAACCUGCAUCGUCAUCGCUCACCGGCUGUCUACAAUCCAGACUGCUGACAUCAUAGCAGUGAUGUCUAAAGGAGCUGUCAUAGAACAGGGCACACAUGAUAAACUCAUGGCCAAGAUGGGCGCCUAUUAUAAACUGGUCACAACGGGUGCUCCUAUCAGCUAGGCGCCUGCCGCCACAUAUGAUGAACAUGUGAUGAAAAUGAUUAUAUAUAGUAUGGGGUAUUGAUUGAUCUUAAACAUGAAACCAAUAUAAGAAUAUGAAGGACAAUAAAACUCACUGUAGCAAAAAACUUGUUAACUCAAAAGUAAAACUUUUUUGUCCGCCAUAUUGGAGAGGUCAAGAUCUUUAGAGAUGCAGACCCAAUGUUAAUGUUUUAAACUUAACCACAGUUCACAUUUCAGUUUCAAACAACAGUGAGAUGGGAGGGAAGUUUGGGGAUUUAGGGGCGCUGAAAAUAUCUUUAACUGGAAAAGAUCUGUUCAUCAUUGUUGAAUGAAUGAAAGGAUGUUUUUCUUUCUUAAUAUGACCAUCUAAUGAAUCCUUAACGCAACUUUUUAAAGAAAAAGUGGAUCCUACACAAAACACUGUUACAUCAUCAUUUCAAACAAAAAUGUAUGUAAUAAAAAUGUAUUUCUUCCUGACUUCAGUUUUCUAAAUAUUUAACUUGAAGUUGCAGUG